AUCAAGCGAGAUGUGGCUGGCGUGGAUCGUAGCUAUAUCCCUUUUGUGGGAAUGUUCGGCUACUCUCUAUAUGCCGAAAUUUCUGUGCGUGCCACCGUAUGUGGCCGUCGAUGAUAGUUGCAUCCUUACUACUACCAGUAAGCCCGUGAUCUUGCCUUGUUCAGGGAACGGUUCUAAUAAGACAUUAGUUCCGGAAAAGGGGGGAGGAAAUCCAAGUAGCUUCACGACUGAAUCACCAGGUAAUUUCAAUGGUAAAACGACGACUGAACCCGAAGUUCCACUCAUUAUUCCUUUAAUUCCUGAAGACAAAGAAGAAAAAAAUGUUGAAACUGAAAGGCCGGGUCAUUAUACAAAUACACCUGAAAAAUUAGUAACGCCUAUACCGGAAAACUCGAGCAAGGGUCCUAUCAUAAAUGGACCAGGGGGAGUAACGGGAAAACCGCCAGUUAUUCCUUCGGAGCCAGAUAGGAUUAACCAAACAAAGCCAACGCAACCUACCAUUGGUCCGUUACCAUUCCCAUGGCUGGAUCCAGAGCGGUAUCCGUAUAUUUACCCUCCCGGUUUUUGGCCUUAUAUCUAUCCAUACCCAGGGCCUUAUCCUCCCGGUGUUCCGCCUCCGCCUUAUAAAGGGCCUUAUCCAUGGGUUUAUCCAGGGCCUUAUCCACCUCUGCCUUAUCAAGGACCCUGUCCUCCCGGUGUUUGGCCUAUUCCGAUUCCGACUUUAUUACCGCCUCUACCAUCGCCCUUACCAACAGUUCCUCCGAUUUAUACACGGCCACCACUUUCUACUCCUUCCGGUGUGAGGCCCCUAACAACAAUUCCUCCGGGUCAGAUUUCACGUCCAGUUCCUGAACCAACUGACAAACCUGGUCCAGAGAUUAUCAUUACUACAAUUCCCCCUCCUGUUGUUGGGCCCUCACCGACUCCUCCGCGUCCGCCUGUUCCACCAGGUCCUGUGGAGCCUGGUCCAGAGGGAACUAUUCCUAUACGUCCCCCUGUUGUUCGUCCGCCUGUACCACCAGAACCUGAGAAACCUGGUCCAGAGGGAACUAUUCCUACACGUCCCCCUGUUGUUCGUCCCCCUGUACCACCAGAACCUGAGAAACCUGGUCCAGAGGGAACUAUUCCUACACGUCCCCCUGUUGUUCGUCCCCCUGUACCACCAGAACCUGGGAAACCUGGUCCAGAGGGAACUAUUCCUACACGUCCCCCUGUUGUUCGUCCCCCUGUAUCACCGGAACCUGUGAAACCUGGUCCAGAGGGAACUAUACCUACACGUCCCCCUGUUGUUCGUCCGCCUGUACCACCAGGUCCUGUGGUGGUAUUCCUGGAAUUCCUGGUCUUCCUGGAAUUCCUGGAAAUUCCCGAUCUUCCUGGAAUUCCUGACUUCCUUUCUGGCUUAAUCAAUCCACGGCCACCUCCUAUUCCCCCUAUUGGGUUGCCUCGCAUAAUUGAUCCCAAGAUCCCAGUGCCGAAGGACCCGGAAAUGCCUAAAAUGAUUAGGCCUGAAGACCUUUAUCCCAAGGAAAUGUAUCUGGGCAAUCUUUUUCCAAGUGGCCUUCUUACCUAA